CAUAACACUGGGGGCCCGGCGGGGCGCUGGGGGUGGGCGCUCCCCGCGGCUCCCGGCGGCACCGGCGCGAUCGAGGUCCAGCUUCGGGGACACGCCCGGCCGGCCGCGGGGAAGGCGCCAGGUGAGCGCGGCCGCGCCUCCCGGAACCUCGGCCCCCCGCGUCCCGCGGCAACGCGGCGCCCACCUGCCCGGCAGCCAGGAACUCAGGCCCCGCCAAGGCGCUGCGGCUGCCGGGGUGAGCCGGGCGGCGGCGCUGGGCUUCCUGCAGGAGCGCGGCGGGAAGGUGGCAGCUCCGGGCUGCGGGGCCGCUUCAGGCGGUUGGUCAAGGACGCCGCGGCGGCGAAGGAGCUCGACGGCGCCCACUUCGUGGUGCUGGAGAAGAAGCCGCGGCCCCCGGAGCCCCAGCCCGCGCCCUCCGGCCUCCCCGAGGCAGCGGCCCCGCCGUCGAAGCCCCCUGUCGUCUUACCGGGGACGCCUCUGCCCGGGAGCUCCGCCGUGGGUCUCCGCGCCGCAGCCGGUGGAGCCGCCAGGGGACCCGGGUCCGACCGAGACGCAGGACGCCCCUGGGGCGCCGGCCUCGGAGCCCGCUCAGCCUCCGGGGAGCUUCCAGCCGUCGAGCUAGCCCAGGGCCCGAGGGACCCAGCGCUUAGGGCUCCGUCGGAGGCGGACCCGCCAGACCCGGACCCCGGGCCCAGGACAGCGACAGGGCCGCCGCCGCAGAAGCCCCGCAUGCCCCGGCCCCGCCACGCUCCGCACCCGGGCGGAGGCGCAGCGCUGCGCCGGCAGCUGCCGGAGGAGCCGAGCCCGCGGAGCUCCCCUCUGCCGCGGAGGCGGCUCUCGGUGGAGGAACCCGGCCGGGGCCUCGGCCCGGGAUCCGGCCGCUCCCCGCACCUGAGGCGUCUGCUGAGCCCCGACGCCGAGGAGGUGCCCGCCGCGCCCCUGGAGCCGUCCGAGCACGAGUGGCUCGUCCGGGGGCCGCUGGACCCACCAACUGCACGGGCUGCUGCUGCGCGACCGCGGCCUGGGGCCAAGCGCGACUUCGUGUCUGGCUUCACUGCCCCGCAUCGGGCCGCCGAGAGCGGCCACGGCGAGAUGGCGCGGAGGCUGGUGGAGGUCGCGCGGCUCGGUGGCUACACGCCGCUGCCCCUGGCUGGGCUGCGCGGCCGCGAGGACGCCGCGGGGCUGCUCCUGGCGCGCCUGGGUGCCCAGGUGCACGUGCGUGACCACAGCGGGCGUCGCGCCUACCAGUACCCGAGGCCCUGCUGUUCCUACGCGCUGCGCCGCCUACUUGGCGAUCCAGGCCUGCCAGGCACCACGGAGCCAGAUGCGAACGGGGGUGGAAGUGGCCGUCUUGCUGCCACGCGCCCGGUGCAGGUGGCCGCUACCGUCCUCAGUUCCGCCACCAGUGCAUUUCUAGGCGUCCUGGCCGAGGACCUCAUGCUCCAGGACCUGGCCUGAGGAGUGAAGAAGUCAAGCUCCUUCAGCAAGUUCUCGAGCGCCUCGCCCGUGGCUCCACGUAAAAAGACAAAGGUCCGCGGUAGUCUGCCAGCCUUCUCAGAAAAUUCUCGUCGACCUACUCCGGGACCUUUAGCUGGUCUAAUGCCCAGUUUGCCCCCAACCACCUGAAAGCCCCUGGGGCUACCACCUGCUUGAUCUAUCGUGGCCUGCUCCUGGCAGUCUAAGUCCGCCCAAGACUGCAGCUCAAUCAAUGCCUGCAGCCUCGUUCUGUUUCCAGCUUUGCCCACUGCAGCCUGUUUCAUCCAGAGGGGCCUGCACUUCCAGCUUCUCUCUGAAGCAUGACCCAUCUCCAGAGAUGGUAUUUGAGAACUCAUUGAGAGCCUCCUAUAAAGAACUCCAGGAGACAGGCCUGAACGCUGGAGGAAACUUGAAAUCAGCGUCAGGGGUUAAGGGGCAGCAGCUGGUCUGGCCCCGAAUGGUUAACUGUUGCCUCUGCAUCUACACAACCCCAAGCCAGAACUACAGGAAGGGUCUCUUUAAAUGUUGGAAGAUGUUAGGUUGUCAGCUUUAAGAUAUGCGGGUGGUUUUGUAAUUUGAUGCUUUUAUUGUUUUUAAAUUGAAAUGAGGUAAAGCAACUUUCAUAAUAACCUUUUGAAAUUAUAUUUUUCCACUUUUAGGCAAAGUGCUCAGACAUUUUCAAUUUUUUGCUAAAUAUUUUGGAAUUCUGUUUAAAAAAUAAGAUGAUCAAGAUCUAAAGGAAAUUAAUCCCAACCAACAAACUUAAAAGUUUAUCUACCUCAUUUUAGGCAAUUAAGAUUCUGGAGAGUCUUGAACACAGAAUAACAAUCGUGACCGUUAUGAAUGUAACUAAUUCAGUUGUACUGUGAAUGCUAGUAUUUGCAAACAGGCACAUCUUGAAAGUAAAGAUGACUUUAAGAGAGAAAAGAGACAUUUUGGCAGAUACUUUUAAUUUGUGGUUGUCUCUACAAUGAAAUAUAAACAUGUGUUUGGCAGUGGUGAGUGGCUAUUUUGAUUUGGCAUGAAUACUUAAUUCUUUUAAAAAAUUGUGGUUUGUGAAUUGCAACGUUGUGCCAUGUUUCUGAAUCUGUAGUUUUCAAAUCCAGCAGAGCCUUUCAGUGCAAUAGGUGAAUAUUCAUAGAAAAAAGUCACAGCAUUAUGACAGAAAAAUAAGCGGAUAAAUAAUAAUGGAUGCAGUUAAAGAGCAACUAUUUUAUAUGAAUGUUCUGUACAAACAAAAAGUAUGUGAUACCCGUUUUUAAAAACCAUUUGAAAAGAGACAACUUACUCCAAAAUAGCAAAUGCAAACUCUUUGCUCAGUGAACUUGGAUGAAUGGCUUAACUUCUCUGGGCCUUUGUUCCUAUCUAGAAAUGAGAAGGUUUGUAGAUGUUGCCCAGAUUUCCCAUGCUCAACACAGUGUAAUUUUUUUCUCUUUUUAAAGAUAUGAAAUCUAUUUACUCAACCAAUUUUUAAGAUAUCAUAUUGUGGUAAUGCUCUGCUUUUGCAAAUCGUGUUUGCAUGUCAUUAGUUAUAUCAAAUAAUUUUGUGGCAGGGGGCAGCAGAGCUUCCCUUCCACCCCCGUAUGGAUUAGUGAAACAUUCGAAAUUCCUUAAGGCAGUCUUGCAUGGAAUGUUUUGAUUGAGCAAUGAAAUAAACAGUCCACCAUUUGGUAAAAAAAUAUAUAUAUAUAAAUAUAUAUAUAUAUAUGUAUAUAUAUAUAAUAUAUAUGUAUAUAUAUAUAAAUAUAUAUAUAAAUAUAUAUAUAAAUAACAUUUAUGGAAAUAAAAUAUAUCCUAUGUAAUGUAAUGAAUUGCUACAAAGGAUGCUGCUACAUUCUUAUACUGGACCUUAAAUUGUUUGGCUUGAAAAAUCAUAAAUUAUAAGUCUUUAGUUCACUUGUUAAAAACUGAAGAGUACCACUGAUUUCCUUUCAUUUAGAAGUGAAUUUAUAGAAACCAUUCACUGUCUCAAUUUCAAGUAAAAUUCAGAAUGGGGGCUGGGCAUGGUGGCUCACGCCUGUAAUUCCAGCACUUUGGGAGGCUGGGGGGGGCGGAUCACGAGGUCAGGAGAUUUAGAUCAUCCUGGCCAACAUGGUGAAACCCCAUCUCUACUAAAAAUACAAAAAAAUGAGCUGGGCACGGUGGUGCAUUCUUAUAGUCCCAGGUACUCAGGAAGCUGACGCAGGAUAACCACUUGAACCUGGGAGGCAGAGGUUGCAGUAAGCCGAGAUUGUGCGUUGCACUCCAGCCUGGUGACACAAUGAGACUCUGUCUCAGAAAAAAAAAAAAAAAAGAGAAAUCCAGAAUGGGAUGGGAUUCUGUGUAUUCUAUUUCCAAAACAUAGUGAGAUACAAUUAUGGGACUUUUUGCAGGCUACAGUGAGGGCUCCAAUUCAAUUUCAUAAUCUUAAGUAACAAUCUAUAAAAAGGAAGGAAAACAUUUUAAAAGGUACCAAAACAGUAAGUCAAGAUACAAGGUACAUGUUUUCUAGCAGAUUGUGCCUUAAAAAAAUAGAAAAAGAAAAAAAUGUUAAUUUAAAUUCACUUUUUAUUCUUUCAUAGAUUUUAACAAUUAUACACAACUUUUAACAUAAAGGUAGUGAAAUCUCAAGGAUAAGGAGGCAAUAUAUAUGGUCUCUUCUUUUCGUUCUUCAGGAUGGAAGGAAAUCUCCAAAGGGUACCAUGUGUGAGAUUAACACUGGAAAAAUACAUAUGAAACUUGUUUUUACUGGCUCCACUUAGGACCAGGCAUAGCACAAUAAAUAUAGAACUGCAUCAUUUUUUUAAAUGAUCGUUGUAAUUUUAACACAUUCUUACUAAAGAAACACAUACUAUCAGUGACCAAUCUGAAAUUCUGUAACAGGUGAAGGGAGACUUACGAUGAAUAUCUAAGCACAGGUUCUCUAGCAUCUUCACACUCAUACAUCAACAUCCUUAAAGGGAGUAAGAAUGAUUUCAAAUUCAAAACAGUAAAAAAACCAAUCUGGUCAAACUUUCUUCAUCAUACCAUUCACUGCUGUCACAAUCCUAGUUUGCUGGUAGGUUUAAGAUAGGAAUAGAAAGUUUUUGAAAUCCUUUUAAUUUCUACUACUCUUAGGGCCUCCUGGGGGAGGCCACUGUGGAAGCAAACUGACCAAACAGCACCAUUACGUCUGUAUAUCUCAACAAACCACUGCAUGAUUUCCAUCUGUCAAUAUUCUCAAAGGCUAACACAAGUCGUAUGGAAGAAUACCUUUCCUCAGUAGCAGGCCACUGUGAACACAUGCAAUCUGCAAGGAUUUAAACGGAAGUAUCCUGAAUUCUCUACUGAUUGAUUGCUUCUUUCCUUAAUAGACCAAGAGAUAGGUAUUCUCUAAAGAUUUAAACAAUAACAUACUAAGGCAUGAAAUAAAUCCUUUGUUUAUACCAUCACAAUUUGGGGAUUUGAGAUUGUUAACCAUGUUCACAUACCCUUUCCUCUUCCCAAAGAGGAAGCAACUGUGCCAGCACUAUUGGUCAGACUUAAUGGGAAACUGUUGCUCUCAGAGCUAUUCUGCAAUAUACAGACACAUAAAUUAUUAUUUUAAACAUAUACUUCAAAGACGGGAUAAAAUGAUCUUUUUUUUUUAAUGUGACCCAGAUUCUGUUAUCAGUAGAUACAAAAUUAAUUUCGGAUGGAAACUGUAUGUUGCUGUGGCCAUAUAUAUUCUGAGAAACCUCUUACGCCAGUGAACCAAAAACCAUAUGAAAGAAAUUAGCAUUUUCUAGGAUUGGUCAACUGGUUGUUCAGAAACUCAACAAGCAAACAAACAUGCAAACAUGUGACAUAUGUCAUUAUUUUGUAGAAACAUAAUGCCACUCUGGCCCCAGGACUCACUGCAGCCCAGCUGGUCCUUAAA